AUGUUUAGAUCACAAGAAAUAAGUUAUUUUUAAUUAGUGAUGCCCUAAGAUAGUGCAUGGACUAUAAUGGAUUAAUUAGGAUAUCUUAGUAAAGUUGAAAUUAUUGACCAUAAUCCUAAUUAAGCUUUGAUUAAUAGACCAUUUGCAAAUUACGUUAAAAGGUAAGGCAUUUUAAUCAUUACAUUAGAUGUGAUGACUUGAUUGUAAAAAUAGAGAAUAUGCUAUAAGUAGCAAAAAAUUAAAAUUUGUUAUCUAAUUAUAAAAAAGGAAAUUUGAAAUAAUUUACCAAUCAAGUAUUCUAUCUAAUGUAAUAAAUUUUUUAUAGUAAAACUUCCAUACUCAUACAUAUCUUGAUGAGAUUGAAGAGGAUAUAAACAAAAAAACUUCAUCUUUUCAAGAAUAAAAUAAGCAUCUAGAAUAACUUAUUGAUUAAUCAGAAUACAUUUAAAAUUACAUUGAAAUUUUACAAGAGAGUUAAAAAUAUUUAGGGGAUAAUGUAUUUUAAAAUUAAUCAAGUUCAAAGUUUGAGUCCUGCGUUGGGAUACUAAAAAAUUUAGAUCAAUUAUAGUAUUAUUUAUUUGUAAUAAAAAAUAGAUUUCAUCGAGUAAUUUUUAGAGUGACAAAAGGAAACUCUUUUGUUCAUUUGAAAAGAAUGAAUGAAAAAUAAUCAAUUUUCAUUAUAUUAUUUCCAAAUAUAGGAAAUUAUGGAAGAUAAAAAAUUAUAAAAAUAGUAGAAUAAAUGUCUUAGGGAAAGUUUACUUUGCCUUAGAGUCCGUAAGAAUUUGAAAGAAAAUUAAAUGAAUUGAAAAUUAAACAAGCCGAAUAUAUCAAUGUAAUAAACAUUACAGAAUCUAGCUUAUAUAAAUGACUUAGAAAUAGUUGUGCUAAUGCAUCUCAAAUAUGUUUUUGAUUAAAAAUGGAUUACCUCUAAUAGAAUUUUAUAAAUUUUAUUUAAUAAAAGAAAAGGAACUCUAUAAGGAACUAAAUAAGCUGAAAAUGAAAGGCAGAUUAUUUUUGGGAGAAUUAUGGGUGCCAACAAGAGAUAUAUAAUAUUUAGAAUAAACUUUAUAAUUAAUUAAGGAAAAGCAAUCAAGCAAUCCUGGAGGAUAAUUAGCUUAGAAGAAAGCUCCUGAUUAUUUAUAGAAACCUACCUAUUUCAGAUUAAAUGAGUUCACUUCUACAUUUUAAGAAAUAGUAAAUACAUAUGGGAUACCAAGAUAUCAAGAGAUUAAUCCUGCAAUAAUAACAAUAAUUACAUUUCCCUUUUUAUUUGGAAUAAUGUUUGGAGAUAUUGGACAUGGAUUUAUACUUUUUAUGUUUGGAUGUUAUUUAUGUUUAUGUAAAAAUAGGUAAUUCUAUAGCUUAAGAUAUUUGAUUUUAUUGAUGGGUUUAUUUAGUUUUUAUUCAGGAUUAAUUUAUAAUGAUUAUUUAAGUUUAUCAUUAAAUUUGUUUAAAACUUGUUUAAGAUCAUAGGAAUAGUGUGUUUAUCCAUUUGGAAUAGAUCCUAUGUGGGGAGGACAUUUAGAAUUUAAUGAUUCUAUUAAAAUGAAAUUAAGCAUAAUCAUCGCAUUUUUCCAUAUGUUAUUAGGUAUUACUUUAGGUGGUUUGAAUUAUUUGUUUUUGUAAGAUUGGUUAAGAUUAUAUUGUAAAUUCAUUCCAUAAUUAUUAUUUUUGGUAUGCACAAUAGGAUAUAUGGUGUUUUUAAUAAUUUAUAAAUGGCUAACGCAUUUUGAGCCACAAAAUGCUCCAAGUAUAAUAACAACAAUGAUAUCAAUGAUUUUAAAUUUAGGGAGAACAUCAGGUCCUUAAAUGUGGGAAGGAGAAUCGCAAGACAAUAUUUAAUAUUGUUUAUUAAGUAGAAUUACAUAAAUAAUUUAGCAAUAACAAUUUUCACAAUUCCAUGGAUGUGGUUCCCAAUAAUUAUUAAUCACUUUCUAUCAAAAAAAAGUUUCAAAUAAAAUGAACCUAAACAUAAGACUCAAAGAAUUGACUAUGGAUAAUUAUCUGAAGAACUAGGGAUUGAAAUGUCUCAAACUCAUUUGUAUAGUCAUGAUUAAGUAGAUUCUAAAUAGAACUAAAAAAUCAUAGAAAUAUCUGAUUCUUCAGUUAAAAUACAAUAAAAGGAUAAUUCUCAUUAAUAAAUCUAAGAUAUUAUUGUUCAUGAAACCAUUGAAAUGUUAGAAUUUGUACUUGGUGUAAUAUCAAAUACAGCUAGUUAUUUAAGAUUAUGGGCAUUAAGUUUAGCUCAUUCAUAACUCUCAGAAGUCUUUUUUGAAUUGUUGUUAGCUUAACCAAUUAAUCAUGGGAAGCCAAUUAAUUUAAUGAUAGGGUUUAUAUUUUGGGCGUUGAUAACUUUUGGUGUUUUAAUGUGUAUGGAUAGUAUGGAAUGUUUUUUACAUUCCUUAAGAUUGCAUUGGUAAAUAUUCAUCUUAUUAUUCUAGGGUAGAAUUUUAAAAUAAAUUUUUUAAAGGAGAUGGAGUCUAGUUUAAAGUAUAUUCAUUUAGAGAUAGAAUUAAAGAAAGUUUUAAUUUAGAAUAAUAGUGA